AUGAUCUCCGGCCGAGGGGGCUCCAUGCCGCCGCCCCCCAACGCCACCGCCUAUUUCCCUCCGCCUCGCAUCACCCUGCCGUCCGGCUUGGAGAUCCUGCGCACCUACUCGGGGGCUUUCAUCUGCCUAGAGAUCCUGUUGGGAGCACUCGUCUGGAUUUUAGUAUCUGCUACCAAGAUCCCUUUGCCACUGCUGCAGGGUUGGGUGAUGUUCGUGUCUGUGACGGCUUGUUUCACAUCCAUCUCCUUCCUCUGUGUGUUUCUCUUCAGCUAUAGAGAGAGGAUCGCUAUUGACUGGAACCGUCUGGAUUUUCUUUACCAUGCAGCAGUUUUUGUCUUCUAUUUUGGGAGCUUUCUCCUGCAAGCGGCAACAACCUCUUUGCACGGUCACCCACUUAAAUUCAGCUUCGACCUCGCCACCAACAGCACCCUCUACGCACCACUUCUAAAUGAGCAUGAACAUAACUUGAGCAUAGCAGCCACCAUUUUUGCCUUUGCAACAACUGUAUGUUAUGGGUGCAGCACAACCCUUGCUUUAAGAAGAUGGAAGCUAUAGCACCGGAUGAAACAAGACUGCUCAAAUUCCCAUCUGAUUUGUGUAACUCUGCAGAUGAUAAAUGGUAUCCCACUUGCUCAUCAGAUAAGAGUGGUGUUCCAAUUGUGCGUUUGGAAUAGGUUUAUAUUUUUCUAAAUUGUUGGUGCACAAAUAAGACCAUGUUAUAAUUAUAUUUUUCGAUGGGGAGGGGGUGGACUUGUUAUUUAUUUCUCGGGUUUUGACUUGCCUAGGUUUAUUGACUUUCUAGCAGCAGCAUCCUCUGCAGCGGAUAGUAUUAUAAUCACCUUGAGCAAGUCGUGGGGUUAUCAUUAGCAGACAAAUGAAUGUUUGGUGCUAAACAACUUCUUGGAGGAGAAAUGAACUGCUCGGCAGAAAUGUUGUGCAUGUGCACGUGCAGAGAGGCAGCUAUAAGACAAUGAACUGCAGUGCUUUUGUUGACAGUUAACUGCAAUCCACCGCGCAAACUCCUUUAAUUUCAGUGGGUUUUUGCAGGACUCUUGUGUGAGCAAGACUACUCCAGAGAGGGGCAUGAGGGGCAAGCACCCCCUCAAUAAGUGGCUUUCCCCCCAUUUCUGUUGCAGAAAAUCAGAUAUGUGAGAUACAGCUUGCCCACCCCUGAAUACAUUUUGCCCUUCUGUGUGCUCCCUCAAUAUUCUUUUCCUGCUGCGAGCAAGCUUGAAUGAAUGGAGAUUGCUCAGUAGCAGUGCUUGGUGAAUUGUCCCUUCUACUUCCACUCUUGCACUUAUUUUGAUGCAGGCAGGGACAUGGGCAGGGGUGAAGAAAUCUUGUCUCAGCUUAUCAGCCAGACAAAAUAUUUUACUCGUCAAGCUAUGUUGGUACAUUACUCGACCAGGACCUUUUUUCACUCAUCAGGCAUCAUUUUUUCACUCGUCACAGACUGGUAGACUAGUGGAUUUCUGCAGCCCUGGUCAUUGGGUUCUACACUAAUCUAAAUGGACUCUGUUAGAAACAUUGGCCCACACCCUGAUGAAUCCAGUGCUUGCACAACAAACAAAGUUGUACUAGUGUGAUUGCAUAGCUGCAUUGCAUCAAGAGAAUUUUUGGAAUGGUACUCUUGUGCAAAAGUUCCCUGCAGAGCAUAUGAGGCAGGCCGUAGUUCAUGCCCCUUGUUUGCGCUAGUGUGACACUAGUCUGGAAUGCAAGCUUUAGACUUUGUGCAACAGCCUUGCCUUAGUGCAAGAAUGUACCACUUCAGCCCUCCAGCUGUUUUUGGUCUAUAACCCCCUUCACCAUAGUGAGGGAUGAUGGGCAUCAUCUCUCCUGCAUAUGUCUCCAACAUCUGCAGGAGAGACAAAGUUGUGCAGCCUUGAACAAGCAGUGUCCUUAUGCAAGCAUAGUGUUAGUCAGGAUGUUUGCUGCUGCCUUCCCAUUUUUAAAAAGGGAUGUAUCAAAAUGGGGGCAGGGGCAUUGUUUUAAUAUUUAUCCCAUACAUAUACUGUAGAUAUCUAGAUCUGGUUUUAAAACUGCACUUUUUAUCUGUAAACCUCAAAGCAUUUUAUGGAAGAAGUAAUUAUUAUACCUCCAGGAAAGGGAAGCAGAUAAGUAACAUGCCCCAGGCUAUAAUUGUGUUAGUGGCAGAAAAUGGAAAUGUAUCUCCACAGGAGAUUUUCUUUUCACUUUUUUUAGAAAGAAGAGCUGGGAAUCAAUCUGUUAAAGCUGCAAUAACUCCGUCAUGACAAUUGGUUUAUUCAUGCAUCACAUGAGGUUUUAUCAAAUUUUUAACUGAAUCAGUUCCCUGGAAAAAAUUUGUCCAGAGCUGACAGCAUUUUUAUAAAACUUCUGUAUAUCUGUAGAUUCAUAUGAUGUAUUUAAAGUCAUUGUUAAAAUGGCUUGGCUGUGCUUAUUUUAGAGAAUCUGAUAUAUUUGGUAAUCGUUCUUACAUAUAUAUAUUAGCUAGUGCUACUGCCUAUAUGGUAAAUUUAUAAAAUUGAUGGACAGCCCAAAUACUAGAAGAUUGGGAUGAUAUAUCGGUCCUCUGUGAGUCCAGCAUUACAGUGGAUUUUCCUCCUUACCCUUCCUAGCCAUAUACAUCCUAAUGCAGAACUGUGGAUUAGUCCCAUUCCAAGUUUUGCAAGCAAGAUUCAGGAAGAAAAAUAUAAUCUUCCUGUGCCAAUAUGUUAAUCUAAACUCGUCUUUCUAAUUUAUGUUGUAGCUUCCUGCACUUACCAGAAACAGCUUGAUACUGUGCUGAUAGGUCCUUUCUCUGACGAAUUUUGUUUUGGCAAACUUAUUUAUAUUGCAGAGCACUUCUAAUGCAUUUGUGUUUUGAGUGUAAACAUGUAUAUUUGUGAUUAACUGUUGUGCAGAUGUCUUUGCCUUGCAUAUAAACGUUUGCACUGUUUCAUCUCAUUUGAGGAUGCAAGUUCUUAAACCAACUGCUCACAGGUCAGUGUUGUGUUUAUACUUCCUACUAAUGCAGGUUUAAGAAAAUCAUGUAAAUGGAACAACUAGAUAUGUAUCUUGAAUGGAAUAAACAAGAUAGAAUAUAA